UGGAAGCAGGAAGUGGAACAGCGCCAUGGGGUUAGCGCGCACUGUUUCACAAAUUAAUCUCUGUUUCUCCUGUGGUAAUAUGGUGUGAACGACGUAUGAUUUAUUUAUUUAUUUACUUACGCAAACGAGUGAAAAUGUUUAGAUGUUUUAUAAUGAAAAUGACGCGACACGACGCGAGCAGAAGAUUGUGCACGCGCGUCAGAUUCGCUCCGAGUCCCACAGGGUUUCUGCACCUCGGUGGUCUCCGCACUGCGCUCUAUAACUAUUUGUUCGCAAAGCAGCACGGCGGCACAUUUAUCCUGCGUCUCGAGGAUACGGACCGGACACGACUGGUGCCUGGAGCUGCAGAGGCCAUAGAGGACAUGCUGGAGUGGGCAGGGAUCCCGCCGGACGAAAGCAGCCGACACGGAGGCGAUUAUGGGCCGUACGUGCAGUCCGAGAGACUACAGCUUUACGCACAAGCGGCAUCAACGCUGCUACACACAGGACACGCCUACUACUGCUUCUGUUCCAAUCAGAGACUGGAUCUGUUAAAGAAAGAGGCCCAGAGGAAUGGACAUGUGCCACGGUAUGAUAACAGGUGUCGACACCUGCACCCAGAGCAGAUCCAAGAGAAGCUGGCGCAAGGUGUCCCGCACGUCAUCCGCUUUAAACUGGACGCUGGCGACGAGCCCUUUCAGGAUCUGAUCUUUGGUUGGAGCAGGCACGAGGUGGGGGCGGUGGAGGGCGAUCCAAUCGUAAUGAAGGCCGACGGCUUCCCCACGUACCACCUUGCAAAUGUGGUGGACGACCAUUACAUGAAAGUCAGUCACGUUCUGCGUGGCUCUGAAUGGCUCAUCUCUACCAGCAAACACCUGCAGCUCUUUCGAGCCCUGCGCUGGACUCCGCCUGCUUACGCCCAUCUGCCUCUGCUGCUCAAUCGUGACGGAAGUAAACUUUCCAAGAGGCAACGAGACAUUUUUAUUCAGAGCUUCAUAGAGCAGGGCGUGUUACCCGAAACCUUACUGGACAUCGUCACUCACGCGGGUUCGGGAUUCAACAGCAAUCGUAUUGGUAGACGCCUGGAUGAAUUAAUUAGCGAGUUUAACAUUUCCAAGAUCACAACUCACUCUGCCCUGCUGGAUCUGGAUAAAUUGGGUGACUUCAACAGGGUUCAUCUACAGCACAGGAUUGAGGAUGAGGAGAAGUGUGCUGUCCUGGUAGAUGAGCUGCGUCAGUUUGUUCUUGAAACACAUGGGCUGCAAAUCAGUGACCGUUCUGUUCUUGAAUCGCAAUACAUCCAGAGAGUUCUGCAGCUCAGGAAGGGUCACAUCUGUUCAGUGCGUGAGCUGCUGGGUCCCAUUUAUUCGUACUUGUGGCUCAGGCCAGAAGUCUGCCGACAACAGAUGGAGGACGUGACCUCAGAGGCGGCAAACAUCAUAACAGCAGUCAUACAGCUGGUUAGAGAUCAAAAGUCACUGAUGUCUACCGAGGUGUUGAACUCUGAGCUAAAACUGAUAAGCAGCAAAUUGAAGAAAACUAAAUACAGUAACGUGAUGAGAGUAUUGAGAUUAGCACUGAGCGCACAACAGCAAGGUCCCAGUGUGGCAGAGAUGAUGGUUUCCCUGGGAGAACAAGAGGUCUGCGCUCGUCUUCAGAACGCAUUACAACAUUAACUUGAUGUAAUAAAACUGACCAAAUAUUU